GGCCGCUGUCGCGUGUGCAGCACCAGUUCUGUAGUGCUCCUGCAUAAAUCGUUCAAUUUCGUGCGGUAAAGAGUUUUUUCGUGAUUUCAUUUGUGCUCUUCCGUCAUGUGUAAAUGUAUGAAAAACAUCUAACAUUUUUUCAUUUAUUGUUACUAAUGCCGUAAAAAUAAAGGGGGGAAACACGUCUCGAUAGUUUUGAAAAUAAAUGUGUGUGUUUAGUUCAAUGCUGGUAUUAUUACGGAGAGCUUAAAUUUACAACAGCCAGUCAGUGUGUGUUUUUGUAUUUAGCUUUGCUGUAGCUAAGUGCAUUUCGAAUUAAGAGCCUUGUGGAAGUGUGUGCGUACGAAAAUUGUGCGUUUUAUGUUUGCCAGAAAUAUGUGUACAGGGAAGGGGAAAAUAAAGGGAAGAUCUCGUUAAAGUGUGUCACCGUAAAAAGCGAGUUUCGCGGGUAUUAUAAUUCAGCAAUUUCGCACCGCAGUGUAGCUUGGAAUGGAGCAGCGGCAAUCAGCAGAGAGAAGAGAAAAAAAUAGCAACGCAUACUAGUGUACUGUUCUACUAAAAGAUGGUAUGUUAAGUGAGCAAAUAUUAAGAAGAAGAAAGCCUCUAUAUGUGCAGUACAUCGUCGAGUACAGCAAGCCGAGCAGCAGAAAGAAGAAAAAAAAGCUCGAGUAGAAAAUCAAGUAGCCUGUGUGGCAGCAAACAGCAGAAGCAUUGUGUUUCCUUUCACCCACCCGUAUUAGUGGUAGUUGUGCACGGUCGCACACGCACACACACACCCAUCGGUGGUACGUAUCCCUAAAGUGAAAAUCAAGGGGGAAGGUGAAGGACCACAACGUGUUGUGCUGCACACUGCUGUGAGCGAAGGAAAUCGUCACAUUUUUCCAUUUUCGCCACCCGCUAGCCUACUGCCUACCCGCUAGCCUACUGCCUUCCUGCCGGAUCUUCUGGUUUCUGUCGCGACGACAGCAGCGAGUCCAAGCAAUCGUGGUGUGUAUCUUGUGUAUUAGAAGCACACCAGCACCGUUGCGGUCGCCCUUGCAAGUGUGAGUUAGUGUGUGCGUGUGUGUGUGUGUAGUGUGCGUGCGUGUGUGUGCAUGUGCUGCGUCCGGUGCAGUAAUUUUGCGAGCGAGAUCGAAACGAUGCGCUGAAGAUAUUAUCGGCAUGAGAUGGAAGCAGCCACCAUUCGUUCAAUGCAGCAGGUCGGGCCAACCGGACAACGGGCCGACUCUGGUCCAUCGCCUCAACCGCCUCCGCCUGGAAUGUCGUAUCAGCAGCGCGUUCAAACUGCAACCGCUGCUCAAAUUCAUCGAACGGCUGAUACGACACAGGGUUAUAGCAAGGGAGGGCCGUCGCCGUCACAGUCAGUGCCUCGAUCAGCGGCAAGUCCAUUGUCACCACCAAGGCCUGGUCCAGGGGCUGUUGGAGCCGCGAAUUAUUCAUCAUUUGCGGGUGCACCGGCCAGAGAGGCGCCAUUGCGAUAUGUGCAAAAUAACUCGUACGUCCCUGCCUUCAUACGAGAUGCGAGUCCGUUCACCCGUGUCUCACAGGUACAGCAAGUUGUUGCGGAGUACCGACAGGUGGUUCCUUCCUCGGUCAUUGGAGCAACGAACGUAGUGCCCAAUAGCAUAGUUCCCCCAACUAUCAGCAUUGUCAACAAUAUGGAUGUGGUGCCGCUGCAUACGACAUCGCAUCACAUCCAGCAGCAGCAGCAACAACAACAGCAGCAACAGCAGCAGCAGCAGCAGCAGCAGCAACAGCAGCAGCAGCAGCAGCAGCAGCAGCAGCAGCAACAGCAACAGCAACAGCAGCAGCAGCAGCAGCAGCAGCAGCAGCAACAGCAGCAGCAGCAACAGCAGCAGCAGCAGCAACAGCAGCAGCAGCAGCAGCAGCAGCAGCAACAGCAGCAGCAGCAGCAGCAGCAGCAACAGCAGCAGCAGCAGCAACAGCAGCAGCAACAACAGCAGCAGCAGCAGCAACAACAGCAGGCGCAGCAACAACAACAAACCCCUCCAAUUCCAUCGCAACCGUCUUCGGUUUCUUCUCAGCAAGUGGGAGGAGGAGCCCAGAUGAUUGUGGCAUCUGUGUCGCAACAACAGCAAGCGCCCCAACCUCCACAGAUUGUGAUGCAGCAGAUUCCUCAACAGGUGUCUCAACAAACGUCCACCAGGCCCCGCAUUUCGUUGCUUCACCCAAAUCCAGAUUACCAUCUGCAAACGUCACGAUCGGUGGUCUCGACAGUACCGGAUAGCACGGGGCCACCCGCAUUUAAAAAGAUUCGAUUAAAUGAAGUCGUCGGUUCGCAGCAUCCCCCGCCGGUUGUGGGCGGUUCCGUGCCACUAUCAGUUGGUAGUGGUGGCAGCAAUGCAACGACUUUGCUAAAGGUUGAUACACGAGAAUCGCCGGUUGUUAUGGUGCCCUCGGGUGCAUACCAUCCGCAAGUGGAAGCCAUCUCUCCUACACUGCCCAGUGAUCCAAUGGAAGAGUUACGAGCCACAAAGGAUGAACUGUUACAGCAGAUCGCCAAGGUGGAUAACGAAAUUGAUAAGGCGGAGAAGAAGAUUGCGUCACUGAAGAAGAAGCAGGAAUCCCUCGAAGAAGCGUCUGCUAAACCGCCGAUCGAAGAAAGCUCCUCGGAGGCACAGCCUAAGCAUCGUAACCUAGCGCAGAAAAUUUAUGCGGAAAAUCGCAAACGUGCCUCCGCAGCUCAUGCCGUCCUUAGUACGCUCUGUUCAAUCGGAGCAGACCCUCUCCCGCUGUAUAAUCAACCGUCAGAUGCGGAGGUGUGCCGAGAGGUGCAGGAACGCCAUCGGAUGUUCAAACAGCGGCUGCUGUUGCACUUCCGGAAGAUCAAAACCGAGCGUGCGGCAAAGCAGUGCGAGAUAACGGAGCGUUACGCCCAGUUAUCGCAGGAAUGGACCAAGCGCGUCGAUAAGCUGGAGGCGAGCGCCAAGCGUAAGGCAAAGGAGGCCAAGAAUCGCGAGUUCUUCGAAAAGGUUUUCCCGGAGCUUCGAAAGCAGCGGGAAGAUAAGGAGCGAUUUAAUCGUGUAGGUUCUAGAAUAAAAUCCGAAGCCGACCUUGAAGAGAUCAUGGAUGGUCUUCAAGAACAGGCCAUGGAGGAUAAGAAAAUGCGCUCAUAUGCUGUGAUUCCACCUUUAAUGUUAGACUCCAGACAAAGAAGGCUAGUGUUUAAUAAUGAAAAUGGAGCGCUAAUAGACAUGGAAACGGAAUUUAAGGAGCGGUUAAGUUUGAAUGUGUGGACAUCGGGAGAAAAAGAAAUUUUUCGGGAAAAGUUUUUGCAGCAUUCGAAAAAUUUUGGCACAAUUGCAGCCAGUUUGGACAGGAAGAGUGCGCAGGAUUGUGUGCGAUAUUACUACCUCAGUAAGAAGACGGAAAAUUAUAAACAGUUGUUAAGAAAAUCCCGACAGCGAACAAGAAGCUCUAGAAACCCUCAAAAAUCCAACCAGCAGCAAACACAAUCUAUUGUGGAUGCAAUGACUACUGGUGUUACGACAAGACUACAACGUGAACAACAACAAAAGACUGUAGGCCGUGAUCGCGCCGCGAAUUCAACAAAUAGUACGAUAGGAAGUAAUGCGACAUCCAAUGUUGUCAAUGUCACUACAAAUCCGUCAUCAAAUACCGUGCCCGGCAGCAGUAAUAAUGGCUGUAGCGGCAAUAAUAUCAACAGCAGCAGUAGUAAUAAUAGUGUUACUAAUACUAACGCGAUCAACGAUGUCACUGGCACGGGUAACAACGGCAGCAGCAUUAGCGGUAGUUGCAUUACCAAUUCUUCGUCCCUAUCACCCGGCGGUUACAGUGUAUCUGCUUCGAUCACUGCAUCAACCGUGACAUCUGCUUGUGGUAACAAUAAUAACAAUGCCAACAGUGGUAGUACUAACAGCAGUAACAGCAGCUCCACUAUUUUGGGCAGCGCAAAUGAGUCUAAUGUGAACAGCAAUGGAGCUAAUGUUAGCAACAGUAGCUGUACGACAGGUGGAGAUUCAAUGGAGGUUUCUAUGAAGACCAAUGAAAAUGAAUUGAACCAAUCGACGGGCGCCACCGUGGUACACACGACAACUGGGACUGCUGGCGCAGUAACUACGGCAACGAAUGUAGCGUUGUCUGGUGAUGGAUCUGCGAUCAAUGAUCCCGGAGCGGAUAUACUAUCAUCAAAAUCUGCAAGCAGUGUUAAGGCUGUUAGUAGUGGCACAGGUAUCACAUCCACCGCAACACCGUCUGGAAAGGUUGAUCAACUAGCAGCGCAACCACCGAUUACAGGAUCCGCAAAUACAUCGUCUGUGGAAAAUAGUAUUGGAGUAACGUAUGUUAUACCAUCCGCUACAAUAGCGCUGUCCAAUAUUCCGAUAAACGGCGUGAAACCUGAUUUGCUAUCGUUGAACUCCAACGCAAACCAAUCUUUACCAUCGACAGUUGAGUUAACGCUCGGUUCGGUGGUAGCGAGCGUUGUAAGUAGUAAACUUGGCAAUGUUAAAGACGAUCUCCAACACCUGAAAGAAGAAAUUAAUUCAAGUGACUCAUCGAACAAACGUAAGGACGACAAUAUCAACGAAUCAAGCAGUGCUGCUGACAUCCAGGAAGACAAAACAAAUGCUACCGGUGCUCUACACACCUGCUUCAUCUGUAAGGCAGAGCUAUGCUCACGAACCCGGCCCAUUGAGCGAAGUCGUGCCGCACAAUACGGUAUAUCGGAGGCGGAGAUACCUACUGGGGCAAGAAUUUGCAACAGUUGUCAAUGCAAAUCGGUGAAAUCGCGUUACACUCACUGUCCACUUCCGACGUGCCCGAAUCCGAAGGAUCGUGUAAAGCGUUUCCGCAAUCUGCCACCGCGGCUGUUCGAAUUGGCCCCCGAAAUACGUGAUCCGAUCGUGCAGGAGCUUCAAAUACCACCAAAUGUAAGCAAAUGCUGUUCGGCGUGCUUGACGCGUAUUCGGCGCAAGAUGGGUCCACAUUUGCUCGGCAACACCAGCCUUACGGAUGAUGAGGUGAAUCGAUUGAAAAAAUUGCUGCAAGAACAUGGGCCCAAAUGGAACCAAUUUGCAGAGUCGCUGUCGAAACCGGCUCUUGCGCUCAAGAGCUGCUAUUUUCACUAUCAGAAAAAGUAUGGGCUUGAUGUAGCGCUAAAUGAAUACUAUAAGCUGCACCCGAGCGAGGAUCGCCGUUCGGUAAUGACGGAUGGGGAUGAAUCGGACCUUAGUGCUGGAUCGUCGUCCUCUGAUGAACGAGAUGGUGGCAGUGAUACAACAGCGUCGGCCGAAAGUCCAACUAGUGGCAAUGCAGGAGCAAAUAAUGUUACAAUCGGAAAUGCGGCACUGGGGACGAAAGGCAAUAGCAGUGGCAUCGUUAGUGACGGAACAUCUCUUUCGGAAAGUGUGAAUGCAGCGAAAUUAGACGAAGGUGGAAUAAUGAUGCUAGGUGGUAGCAAUGUUACUGCUGGCGUUAUUGGCAAUAGUAACAGUAGCGGCGGUAGCGGUAGCGAAGUGGCCAUUUCUCUAGCUCCACCACCGAAAACCACCGCCAUCAUCACUGGGUCUUCUUCAUCUACAUCUUCGGGGGGCAGUGGCGUGGCGUACGAGGAUGAUCGCUUACUUCCACCUGGUCAACCUCAGCCAAGGAAACCUUUACGUCACACAGAAGAGUACGAUAGUUCAGCGACGGAAACAGCGGACGAAGAAAACGAAUCGUCUCCUGCAAACAGACAAAGUCCUAAAGUUUCUCUACCACAUCCGCCUAUAUCGCAUUCACACUAUCCACCACCAUUACACCAUAACACUGGACUUGCAAUGUUGCACAACUCCAUCACCACCACACAGCAACAACAAUCGAAUGGUCCUCGAUCGAAUGCGAUCAGUGGAGUUGGUGGCCUUGGAGGUACUGGGAGCGGUAGUGAACUACAUAAUGUGCGGGACGUGAUGUUAAACGUGAUUGAAAGAUCCUUGAAGAAUAAUUCGCUAACGCCAGCCAACAAACCACCACCGCCGGGUUUACGUGAUUUACAGUUUGGGCCUAGCGGCACUCCUCCCGUUCCCUCUGGACAGCAAAUCCAACCAGUACCUGGUUCUGCGCCGUCCGUGUCUUCAUCCGGUACAAACUCUUCGUCUACAACAUCAUCGAUGAUUAGAGAUUAUCGCGAUGGAACGAAGGUAAUGCUUACCUCGGCGACAGGCGUUUCUCAGACGAUUGCAGGGAGUUCCACUGUAUCACCGUCUCAAUCUACGCAGCAACCGAAUCAGCAUUCGAUGCCAGUGUCUACAUUAGGUAUUACGGUGGUAAAUUCUCAUGGACAAAUAAUUGCUUCGCCAAGUCAGCAGCCGCAUUCAUCUUUACCGCCACCACUCGUCGGUGGUCAUGUACAGUUAAGUCAUCAUCAUGCAUUGGGUGGUCAAAUUCCGGCUACUAUCACACCAAUUCCACACUCCAUUCAUCUUGGUGCAUCGCCCAGCUUGAAUUCUUCGGUGGCGCGUGCCCCGAACGAUGAACCACAGACGUUGGAUCUCAGCAUUAAGAAAACACCUCGGACGGAAGCGGUGGCCGCUGUAACAGCAGCUACAACAAAAACAAUGGAGGUUGGCAACAGCAGCAGUGGAGGGGGAGGCAACUUUCCACCACCACCGGCUCACAGUCACAGUACUAGCAACCACCACAGCGGUCCUUCUGUUGGCAGCAACGGUACUGGUGCAAGCAGUGGAAGCAACAACAACGUUAACAAUAAAUUCCUGCUUGGUCACCCAGGACCUCCAAAUUCGCAUGGUGCGUCUGUUACCGUUUAUCGGACGGAUGGUGGCACGUUUCCGGGACCUAUCGUUCCAUCAUCGUCCGCUGUUGCAGGAGGUGGCCCGUAUGUGAGCUAUCACCCGCCCGUGUCUGGUGCUUCAGAUGCACUGGGUCGACCGCUAACAAAAUCGCCAUCUGGUGCUGGUGCUGGUGCGACGUAUCUAACCAUACCACUAGGCACUGGACCGGGACAGAGUAGCACGGGUAUAUCGAUGCAAGUUUCCACCGGAUCGGGACGUCAAUCAACGUUGUCUUCCCUUACGCCGCCUCCACCAUUAUCUGGUAAUGGAGCUCCAAAGGGCAAGAACACUCCCAAGCUGAGUCCUAAGUUGUCGGGCAGUGGUUCUGUACCCAAAGGAGGUUCCAUCACGCAUGGCACACCGGUAAAUGUGAAUCAACAGCAGCAGCAGCAGCAGCAAAGCCAGUUAAUCAUUCAGGGUCAAUCGUCAUCGUCGGCAACAUUAAGCCCGCGAUAUGAAAACCAUCUUCUUCGUCAAACGCCACCAUCAUCGGUUGCUUCCAGUGGUCGCCCAGGUGCUUCUUCAUCGCCCGUUAUAAUGAGUGACAAGUUCAUCGGCUCCAUAACCCAAGGAACUCCUGUGCAUGGUGGUAGUGGAGGACUGUUGCCGGACAAACGCUCCAACGCGUCAGCAUACGAUUAUAAGCGCCAGAGUCCGGCACAAACUAUAGUGGUUCCUGGUGGAGGUCAUGUCCUGCCAAUUCAGUUUAGUCCUUAUGGAGCUGGAGUUCGUAGCGUCAGUGGCGGAAAUGGUAAUGGAGCCCCAGGUGUUGCAGCAUACCCUUCUUUGGAACCAACCUCCCAGCAGCUGAGUUCACGGCAAAUCAUUAUGAAUGAUUAUAUAACUUCACAACAGAUGCAAGGUCGAAGUACUGGGGCAGGCGGUAGUGGAGCAGUCGGUUCUUCUGGUGUUGUACCUUUGGUAGUAAAUGCAGCUGCUGGUGGUCGUUCGGGAAAAGAAUCCCCAUUGCCACGAAGUGUUGGUGGCAGCGUAGUGGGCGUUCCCGCUCCACUGUCCAUUCCGCCAGGAUCGAUUUAUGGUCUGGUAGGAAGUAAUGUGGUUGGUUCGUCACCGUUGGGAAUUGUUAGCAGCCGACAAGCUCAGAAUGAUUAUCUAAGCCGAUCUUCGCCAGCAGCAGAUCAUGUUAACAGAAUCUCCCCGGUGUAUAGUAACACCUCUAGUCCUCAUCGAACUCCACCGCCUCCACAGCGGCAAGGUGUUAUACAGCGCCACAACACUAGCGCCAACAGCGGAAACAGCAGUGCAUCUGGAAACACAGGUAGUAACAGUGGAAAUACAAAUCCAGCAAUGGUUGCUGGAGGAGGUAUUGCCUCUUCCAAACCACCAAGCCCAGCGCCACGCUAUCAUUUGCAACCGCCACCGCCGCCUCACCACUACCUACAAGAUGCAUUUACUUCGUUCGUUGAUCUAGCAGUGCAACAGCCUCCGAUGACCGUUCCCCAUAAGGACGAUGCAAAACGUGCGACAAUGGAUCAGCAACAGCAACAACCACCCACAAUAUCGGCAGGGUUGUCGAUUUCAUCGACUCAUCAUCACGAUAUGCGAUAUCAGCAUCCUAGCAUGAUACCUUUCCACCAUCAACAGCAACAGCAUCAUCAGCAGCAGCAGUCAAAGCAAACGUCGCAAUCGUUGGCGCAGUCACAACAGUUGCACCAAUCGCAACAGCAAUCCCAACAACAAUUACACCAACAACUGCACUCGCAACAGCAAUCCCAACUACAAUCUCAACAACAACACCCACAGCAGCAAGCGCAAGAACAGUCCAAAACGCAACAGCAGGACCAGAACAAAUUGCAGUCAUUGGAACUCUCCAAAGCUCAAGCACAGUCGCAGCCACCACCACAGUCAUCUUCACAGCUGCAGUCGCAAUCACAGGCUCAUCAACAAGCGCAAAAUCAGCAACAGUUAUCGCAACAGCAGCACCAAACGCCACAAUCUCCACAACCGCCGCAUUCGCAACAUCAACAAUCGAAACACCAAUCGCAGCCAAAUCAGUCUCAGCCUUCACAACAACAGGGUGGUCAACAAUCGCAAUCUAAUCAGCAAUCUCAUCAUUCGGCGCAAUUACUGCAAGAAAAUCAAGAUAAUGAUCAUGAACAUCAGAAGCAUCAACAAAAGCAACAACAGCUGCAUCAUCUGCAUCAACAGCAGCAAGCCGCAGCAGCAGCAGCCGUUGCUCAGCACCAUCUACAAUUGCGACAACAACAGGUUGACUUGCAGCGCCGUCAUCAACAAUCUCCAUUGCAUCCUUCGUUACAACAACUGGGACCUAUUCCGUCGUAUCAACGGGAUCCUCAUGCUGACCAGCGGGAUCGCCGUGAUGAGCUAAAUUUCCGGGAACGUGUUGAGCUCGAGCGCACUAUCAUGGUUGAAAGGGCGGAACGUGAACGAGAUCGCGAACGUGAACGUGAGCGGGAGCGUGAACGUGAUCGUGAGCGAGAAAGGGAACGCGAUCGUGAGCGAGAACGCGAACGAGAAAGGGAGCGUGAUCGCGAUCAUCGUGAGCGACGUGAGAUGGAACGUGAACAACAGGCACGCGAACAACUUCAUCGCGAACGCGAACGUCUCGAUCGGCAUCAAGAGGCAGAAGAGCGUCGAAGAAAACAACACUAUGAUGGGUUUUUACCAGAUCGACGUGAUAGGGCAAUUGAAUUAAUGGGCGCUCGGACUACUUCAGACGGUUCGCUCACAGCAGCAAAUUUAAUCGAUGCUAUCAUAACACAUCAGAUCAGUCAAACGGCUGUCGAGCCACCUCCAAUGCCGUCGAUACGGGAUCCUCUUAGAACACCCUACUUUGCCUCACGAGAUCAGCGUUCCAUGGCGAUGCAGCAGGUGAUCAGUGAAAAUAAUGGUAGCAAAUCUCAUUCUCCCAACGUCAUAAACGUCGAUUUGGAUUCGGACAAUGUGCAUCCGCAUCAUAGGCGGGAUAUUAGCGGCAUGAGUGGCAAUAGUCUUAGUGGUGUGAAAAACAUCACACUUGGCGAGUUGACCGAAUCGAUCAUAGCAAAGGAUUAUUCACCGAAUCCCAAUCCAUAUCUAUCGUUAAGGCCACCAAUGAUACCGUACGGUGCAGCCACGGCUGGUAACCCCGGAGCGGAAGCGAUUUUGGCUACCGAUCAAUGGAAACACCGACGGCCAUCGUCGAUGGCAACGUCAGGCAAGGAGGAACAAAUGCAACGUGCUGGUAGUGGUGGUGGUCACGAAGUUCAAAAAGGUCCUGGUCGGGUAACUCCUGAAGAUCGGCAUAUUAUACGACUGGCGCAAUCACCCGGACCGAGAAAUAAAUUUCAUGAAUCCGUUUCACCUGACGCGCCUCAAUUCUUCCACCCGGGGCCGCAUUUAGGACGUGUGGGAGGAGCAGGUGGUCCUCAUGCAGGAGCCGGUGGUCGGGAUAAUUUUGCGCUAGAUUUUUACGUAAAAAAUCGUAUCGUCGAAGCAAUGCGAACGGAGGACGAAAAGCGUGCAGCGUCCGAUUCAUCGAUGGUGGUAGUAGUUGAUGGAGGCAACGGUGGCAAUCGAAAUGUCGAUCGGCAGCAAUCUUCUCCCCGCAGUUUUCAAAACCUCUCCCCGCAUCAUACUCAACCAACGUCAGCUCACCAUCACGUAAAGGAUAUGGGUUUGGUUGAUCGCAGCAGCACUCCGGCGUCUGGAGGAAGCGAUGGACAGCAGCAGUCUCUCCAUUCUUCGACAGAAGAACAAAAACAAAACCAGCAGUAUCCGCAACAUUCUACAUCAGCAUCCUUACUGGCAACAUCUGGCUCUACCACAACGAGCCCGGCGAUCGUUCACAAUACGUACCAUCAGCAACCGUUAACGACGUUCACUACGCCACCCACAUACGCAUAUCCGUUUAGUGCUCUAACGGUCGCCAGUGGGGCACCGCCCACUCCCUCUUCUUCCUCAUCUGCAGCUACAUCGUCUACAACUUCUAUAGCAUCAACGAUGGGAACUGGCGGUAGCGGAGCUAGUAAUGUUGCUGGUAUGAAAUCAAUCAAUGCUGGUAUGAUUCUCACCGGAAGCGGUCCUGUAGUUGGUGGAAGUAAUUCUAUCGGAGUGAACAGCACUGGCGGAGGCAACGGUGCUGGCGGUGUAUUGACAGAUGAUCGUCAUACUGCGUCGGCCCUAGAACCUAAACCUCUGUUAUCUGCUCAGUACGAGGCGCUCAGUGAUGAGGAUUAAGGACGGUAAAAAUAAGGAAAUACAGUGUAAAAAAAUAGUAUUGCUGAGGAAUAGGUUGUGCGUGUUGGCUCGGUACAGUUUAUUUGCAUUAUGUAUCGGGUUUUCCUUUCGAAGGUUGUUUGGUCUUAAACGGACCAAUUCCUGAUGGUGAAGCACACAAACGGAAAGCUUUUUUUUCUAUAUCGCAGAUCAACUUAAAUUCUGUUGACCGAAGGCAAAUAGUUCUAAUUAAUAUUUGUUAAAGUGAAGUCCCAUUUUGCAAGUCAGAUGACUGCAAAAUAUGAAAUAAUACAGCAUUUGUCUUUAAGGAAGGUUCAUACGCUGUUUUUCUCCUAUUAUCUUGAAAUGAUAUGCUUACUAAAAGUGUGGUACCAACCUUAAAUGAACAGAACAGUAAGCAGUGUUCGAUUGAGAGGAAGAAUUAAAUGUUCCACAGGAGUUAAAAUCGUAAAACAAACAAAUCAACCAACCAACCAAACAACCAAUCAACCAACAUGCAACAUAAACAAUUUCAUUCGCCAUACAUUAGACAAAAGAGCAAGCAAUAAUUGCAGUUAAAGAAAAAAGUAAAAAAAAAAACAGAAGACGUACGAAGGUAUAGUGAGGUAGUCAUGCAGUUAUUGGAUUGAAAACAAUUAACAAUGUUUAUUUGCUGCUACUUACAUUAACAAAGAACUGGGUAAAUUUGAUUUGCACUACUGCUGGGUGCAAUGUUUAACGUAUUCCGUUUGUGCAUAUUCCGACUUAUUGUGGAUUUUUGUGGAUUUUUCAACUUUCCGAUAAAACUUUAUAACGUUUAACAAUGACUAUAAACAAAAAUUCAAAAGCAAAUGCCAGUACAUUUAUUUAAAUUGUUGUUUAUUUUCUAUUUUUCAUAGUACACAAUUAUAUAUCUAUCAUUGUAUGUUCCUUGCUUGUCAGAGUUCGUGCUUACUGUCUUAUAAUAACUAAAACAACUUAUUUUUUCCGUGUAUUUUUUUGAACAACUUGAACACGAAUAUAAAGAUAUAAACGAAGGAAAAACCAACCAUCUAAAAUGGGAAUUUAAAAUUAUGCGAUUAGAAGAAACAGCUGAAGGCAUAACGAAGUGUAACUCAAAAGAUAUACAGUAAUUUCAAGCAAAAUAGAUGCUUGUACACUCACACAGUAACUAACAAUUCCGAAAGGCAGCAAGAAUCUGAUCAAACUGAUAGUAAAAGCAUGAUUAUUACACACAGCCUCCAAACAAAAUGUUGUAAUUGACGCAGGUGUAACAUUACACAUUAUUAAGCAACGACGCAUAGAACAAAUUGACACGUGGGUUUUUGUAGAGAUAUGCAUUCCGAAGGUUAAUUUUGGUUUGCAAUGAAAUAAUGAAAUAGAAUUCGAAUAUUGCAAAAAAAAAAUGUAUUCACAACACGAUCGUGUUUAAUAGCCACGCCUUGUCGCUGCGGCACCAAAACAAUGGGUGUUCAAAUAACGGAUGAAACGUUUCCCGAGCUGCGCUAAGUGGAUGACUGCCGUUUAAAAAAAAUAUGGCUUUAUCAUGCGUUUGAAUUACAUUGCUCUACCACCAUCAAAUCCGAUGUAGACGCUUUUGCCGAUGCUAAACUGUCCUCUGAUUGAAUACAGCUUUCGGAGUUUAAGGGCGUUGCGUGUUAUGGGAUACAGCUAUUGUGUAACAGAUUGGGGUAACACGCGUGCAAAAUCAGGAGGAGAAAUGAUACAAAUAUUCUAUCUCGUUUAAUAAUUCAAAUGAAACAGUAUAGCAGGUGGAGAAUGUAAAAGACACCGAAAGAGAAGAAGAUGUAAGAAUUAAUGAGUGCAGAUAAAAAAGUGGAGAAAUACAGUAAAGCAGAAGAAAACGGAUUAGUUGAAAAAGACGAAAAGAAGAGUAGCAGCUAAUCGUUCUUAGAAAGGAUAUUACUCAAAUAGACGAGAACAGCACACUACUAUGUACAGUAAUAAACAGAAGGACAGAAGAGCGACCUGCAAACACGUAUACACACAUACACACACACGUACAUUACGCUGAAAAUCAGCGUACAGAAGUGGCGUAAUCUGUUCUUUCUUAAUUUUCCUUUAAUGAUCUUAGUUUACGGCAUUAUAUCGAUUACGAUUACGUUCGUUUUAUUUUCCAACGAGUAAUUUUCCGAUUACGAAACAUGAUUAGAGUAUGCAUUAAAUAGAGGAUGGCGAGGGGUCACACUGGGAGGUAUAUUGCAAAUUUAUAUGUAAGAAAACACGAAAUGCAUCUGAGUGAAUGAUAAACUUGUAAAACGGAAAAAAAACUAGGACAACCAUACAGAUAACGCUGCAGGAGAGCUGCGAGUAAGUAAUAUGGGAGCAGCCGUAAUACUUGUAGUAGAUGCAGUGAAUAUAUAAGGACGAACUGAAGCGAAGAAAGAGAACGAGAAAAGAAACAAAAUGAACCGAUAUGAUAUGAAUAUAAGACCGAGUAGAUAGUGAGAUAACACGUAACUAAAAGUAAACAAACAAAGAAGUACAGAAAAUAAAGU